GUGAAUAUGCGAUUGCCACGUUACAACAGAAGCUGGUGGUCGCUUUUAAUGUUGAUGAAGAAACAAACCGAUGGCUAGAAUUUUGAGGAGAAAAAAAGCAAUUCCAUAAGCGGUAUGGCGUUGAGAGGGGCUGCCGUUGCUGGUGCUUGCAUUGGAAAACAAAGAACCACCCCAUUUCUCCUUUCAUCUUCUCCAUUUUUCAGGGUACGAUCCCAUCAUUUCGCUUCCCGUUCUCUCCAAAGAUUUGCAGCUAUUCCUAACUACAAAACUGGAUUCAAGAAUCAGAUUCGGGCGAUACAGGAAGUUACUGUAGAUACCAUAACAUCCCAGAAAGGAAAAGAAGACAAUGAACAAAAAUCCCAACAAAAUUGGAAGAUUAAAAUGCUUUAUGAUGGAGAUUGUCCGCUUUGCAUGCGUGAGGUUGAUAUGCUAAGGGAGAGGAAUAAGCAAUAUGGCACUAUCAAGUUUGUUGACAUAAGUUCUGAUGAUUAUUCUCCUGAAGAAAAUCAAGGAUUGGACUACGAAACUGUUAUGGGAAGAAUUCAUGCCAUUCUCUCUGAUGGAACUGUUGUCACAGAUGUUGAGGCAUUUAGAAAAUUGUAUGAGCAAGUUGGUCUUGGAUGGGUUUAUGCCAUUACCAAAUAUGAACCUAUUGCAACAAUUGCUGAUUCCAUCUAUGGUGUUUGGGCUAAGUAUCGUCUUCAAAUUACUGGCCGACCACCAUUAGAAGAUGUCUUGGAGAUGAGAAGAAAGAACAAGGUAUGUAUUCUGUUACUGUAUGAGGUUUCAAGGUUCUAUUGUUGACAACAAAAUAGAUAAGCUGAGUAGCAUACAUGCAUAAGAGGUUGGCUUUUGCUCUAUCAGGCAAACUUAUAUGGUUUUCCUUUUCUAUGUUUGUUUAUCUCAUAACACAAACAGAUGUCUUUGAAAUAAUUGAAUUGAUAGCUGCUAUUAUUCCCAUAUCCACUCUUCUCAGAUUUUCAGAUAAUCGUACCUUUGGGAAGUAAAAAUGUCCUAACCCUCUAACUGCGUGGCUUAUUAAAAGCUAGACUGGAUAAUCCGUGUAUUCAAGUUGCGCUCAUAUUAGUUUUACUAUCAUUGUAUUUUC